AUGUCAUUUACGACAUCGGCAGCAACUGCACUAUGGACCGCGCUUAAAGAUGACACGCACGAUGGGGACGGAAAGCCGAGGUUGUCAGAUCCGAGGGCAGAACAGCGUGACCUGUAUACACAAUUUGUGAUCAGCUUUGCGCUCGGUCUGGGGGCCUUCAUAACUUUCUGCAUAUUACGCCCUAAAUGGACUGAGCUGUAUGCAGCGCGGAGACAACAAAGAUGCGCUGCUUCGCGGCUACCGGAGUUGCCGGACAGCUUUUUCGGAUGGAUCCCAGUGCUGCAUCGCAUAACAGACGAGGAAGUGCUCUACUCGGCUGGUCUUGAUGCAUAUGUCUUCCUUUCCUUUUUUAAAUUUGCUAUUCGAUUCCUGCUCGCCGUAUUUGCCUUCGCGGUAGCCAUUAUUCUUCCCAUACAUUACGCAUUCAUCGGAGAGUAUGGAGUUCCCGGUUGGGACAAAAACGACCCACCUGGCAAUGAUACGACAAGCGGGAUAGGAGAGUUUUUCAAGGACAAAGACAAGAACAAAACUAAUUACUCCUACCUCUGGAUAUACGUCAUUUUCACCUACAUCUUCAGUAGCUUGGCCGUGUAUCUUCUGCUUCAGGAAACGAAGAAAAUCAUUCGCACUCGACAAACCUAUCUCGGCAGCCAAACCAGCACAACGGAUCGUACUAUCCGGCUCUCUGGCAUUCCGCGUGACAUGGCAUCAGACGAUAGUAUCAAGGAAUUUGUGGAGGGACUGAAAGUAGGAAAAGUGCAGAAUGUCACCCUGUGCCGACGGUGGCGUGAGUUGGAUAAUCUCAUUGAUGAAAGGAUGGAGAUUGUUCGAGAAUUGGAACGGGCUUGGACAAAACAUAUGGGAUACAAGCGCCCACGAAAUGAUGGUAAUACGCUACCGCUCACGCGCCAGCCCCCGUACGCUACACUUUCGAGUCUACCCUUAGAAGAGGACCAUGAACAUUCCCAACUACUCCCGGAAAGCGAGCGCGAACACAUCUCGGCAUAUAGCGACGAGCGCCCCAAAGUUCGUGUCUGGUAUGGCCCAUUGAAACUCCGAUACCGAUCGAUUGAUGCCAUCGACUAUUAUGAGGAAAACUUGCGAAAGAUCGAUGAGCAAAUCCAGACUGCUAGGGAGAAGGAGUAUACCUCCACCGAGAUCGCCUUUGUCACAAUGGAAUCAAUUGAGGCGUCUCAGACGCUGGUCCAAACAAUUCUUGACCCUCACCCGAUGCAAAUGUUUGCUCGACUCGCGCCGGCACCAGGUGACGUUAUCUGGAAGAAUACCUAUCUUUCUCGUACCCGCCGCAUGGUCCAGUCAUGGUCUAUCACGCUCGUCAUCGGGUUCCUGACGGUCUUCUGGUCUGUUCUCUUGCUUCCUAUUGCAACUCUACUGGAACUAGAAGCUCUCCACAAGAUCAUUCCACAACUUGCAGAAUUUUUGGCAAUGCACCCUUUCUUAAAGUCGCUGGUCCAGACUGGUCUGCCAACUUUGGCAUUCUCCCUGUUAACCGUUGCCGUUCCAUACCUAUAUGAAUGGCUAUCGAAUCACCAAGGAAUGAUGUCGCGCGGGGAUGUUGAACUUUCUAUCAUCUCGAAGAACUUCUUCUUCUCUUUCUUCAACAUGUUUCUUCUCUUCACGGUGUUUGGUACAGCAAGUGGAUUUUACGGCUUUUGGGAAAACUUGCGGGAUGCCUUCAAGGAUACCACAACCGUUGCACUUGCGCUUGCCAAUUCCCUGGAAGGCCUAGCGCCAUUUUACAUCAACCUAUUGAUUCUGCAGGGUCUUGGUCUAUUCCCUUUCCGACUUUUGGAGUUUGGAAGUGUUGCUUUGUAUCCACUCAACUUCCUUCGGGCCCGAACACCCCGAGAAUUUGCAGAGCUGUCCACGCCACCCAAGUUCAGCUAUGGAUUCUCCAUCCCACAGACCAUUUUGGUCUUGAUCAUCUGCGUUGUCUAUAGCGUGUUCCCCAGCUCCUGGCUGAUCUGCCUGUUCGGUCUGGUCUACUUUUCCAUCGGGCAAUUCAUCUACAAGUACCAGCUUCUCUACGCCAUGGACCAUCAACAACACUCGACUGGUCGUGCCUGGCCAAUGAUCUGCAACCGAGUUUUUGUGGGACUGGUUGUAUACCAGCUCGCCAUGAUCGGCGUAUUGGCGCUACGCAAAGAUAUCACUCGCCCUCUGCUCCUUGUACCUCUUCUGGGCUUUACCGUCUGGUUCAGCUACUGGUUCGGACGGAAUUAUGAGCCACUCAUGAAGUUCAUUGCUUUGAAGAGUAUUGAUCGCAACCUCCCUGGCGGCGGAGACAUCUCUCCCUCUCCAUCAUCCACGCUUUCACCACCUUCGGGUUUAGACCGUGAUGCGGCACCUAUUCGCAUAGGGGGCCGUGAGCUCGAACUGCGACUGAAGAAAUAUGUCAACCCGAGUCUGAUUGUUCCCCUCCAUGGUGCUUGGCUGCCAGGACGGAAUCCUGCUCAAGGCAAUGGCGGCUCCGCAUUCGAGGUCCACCAGACUCGGAAUGACAUCAGUCCAUGA